UGGCCGGGGCGGCGGGGCCAUUGUGUGCUCCAGACGGGGACACGGCCGCUCGCCACCGCACCCUCGCCCGCACCCGCGGCUCGCAGCAGCGAAAGUAUCGCGAGAGCGGCCGGCGAACAACCUGCUCCGCCACAGCCCCGCGCCGCGCCCGCGGAGCGCCCGCGCCGCCGCCGCGCACAUGCGGACGCCGAGCGCCGCCGCCGCCCGCCGGUUAUGAAGGAAGAAUGGAGUUUCCAGACCAUAGCCGCCAGUUGCUGCAGUGUCUGAGUCAGCAGCGUCACCAGGGCUUCCUGUGUGACUGUACUGUUUUAGUUGGAGAAGCUCAAUUCAGAGCUCACAGAGCCGUUCUUGCCUCUUGCAGUAUGUACUUCCAUCUUUUCUACAGGGACCAGUUAGACAAAAGGGAUAUUGUGCAUCUGAACAGUGACAUUGUCACAGCCCCUGCCUUCAGCCUGCUGCUCGAAUUCAUGUACGAGGGAAAGCUGGAAUUCAACAGUCUCCCAGUGGAAGAUGUGCUGGCUGCGGCGAGCUACCUUCACAUGUAUGACAUUGUGAAAGUCUGCAAGGGCAAGUUGAAAGAUAAAGAAUUAUGUUCGGAAGAGAAGAUUAAUGAUGAGGCGGCUAGUUUGGAGAAAGCGGAGCAUUUUCUAGAUGCCGGAGUGCCCCUGGUCCAUGAGUUUGACCCAGGAAACAAACAAAAAUUCAGCGUUGCAGAAUACGAGAGAGCAGCAGGCAAAGAAAAGGUCAGCAGUCACCCCGCCUGGUCCUCUGAUCACAUAAGUGUCAGCUCUGUGCCGACAGAGGCAGAACCGUGCGCCGCAGCAGCUGGAAAAACAAAGGCUAAUGUCAAUAGUUCCACAGGACCUUUGUCCCAAAGGUCUGUUAACCAUCCCCUGGCUUCGAGUGAUGUGGACUGCGCGCUGGAUUUGUCUUUCAAGCCCGUGCCGGGGAGAGAUUCCUUACACCCCUCCUAUGUCUUUGGACAGCUGGCUUCCGACAGCCAGCAGCAGGGUACCGAGCCACUUGUUAAAGAUGAACAAGACUUGCUGUCAGAUCAGGAGGACAGCGAAGCCAGGAGUCCAGAGAGUCAGCAUUUUGGGAAUUCAGCCAAAAGCCUAGUGACAGGGUUAGGACACAUGUUCGCCGGGAAUGGCAGCUCUCAUGCCCGAGAGGAGGAUAUAGAUCAAGAGCGAGACGAGAGCGAGGAUGACAUGGAUUCGUCGGACAUCUCCUCGGGCGUCCUCGUGCCUCCCGGGCAUAUCUGCAUUUGUCCCCUCUGUAGCAAGGUGUUCCCGAGCCCACACAUCCUUCAGCUGCACCUGAGCUCUCACUUCCGUGACAAGGACGGCUCCCGGACCCGCCUGUCCCCCGACGGGUCAGUCCCCACUUGCACCCUGUGCGGAAAGACUUUUUCCUGCAUGUACACGCUCAAGAGGCACGAGAGGACUCACUCGGGGGAGAAGCCCUACACCUGCGGCCAGUGCGGGAAGAGCUUCCAGUAUUCCCACAACCUGAGCCGCCACGCGGUCGUGCACACCAGGGAGAAACCCCACGGGUGCAAGUGGUGCGAGAGACGCUUCACGCAGUCCGGGGAUCUCUACAGACAUAUCCGCAAAUUUCAUUGUGGCCUUGUAAAGUCCUUGGUUGUUUGAGAUGUGUGACUUCUGUUUUGUUUCGUUUGGUUUUUUUUUUUUUUUUUAGUAUCUACAACCCCCCCCCCCCAACCCUUUUAAAACAAAACAGGGGAAAAAAAACAAAAGGCAGCAUCUGAAUUUUAAUUUUGUUUUUCUCCUUCCUUUCUUUUAUUUUGUUUUGGUGAUAUUCACUUCAGGUAUAUGAUCUUGAAAAGAUGCAGCGGUAUACACUCCAGAGGCCUUUUAAUGCAAUCCUUCCACCUCUCCACCUCCCCCCUUCCCCUGCCACCCUGCCUAGCACAGUCCUUUAGGUCUUCUCUUGUGCACCCAUGUUACAUUAUUAAUGUGAAAUGAUCUUAAGUAAUUCUGCAAUGAUUUAGCAUCAGUUUUCACACUGGAAGUACUUGCUUUGUGGUCAGGGUUUUGUUUGUUUGGGUUUUCUUUUCCUUUUUUUUUAACCUUUUUUUUUUUUGAAAAAAGAUUAUCAGCACAUUCUGGAGAAAAAUUUGGCUUCCAUUAAGCUCCCCAAAUGCCCUCUGUGUGUUGCAGAGAAACAUCUGAAGAGAUGAACUAUGAUUUAAAUACAUUUUGGUGUAGAGAAACCUGUCCACACAUUACAGAGUGAGCAGAUGUACUUUUAUUUCAUAGAGCUAGAUGAGACAUUGAAUUGGCCUAAAUUUUAAAGGGGUUGAGGAUUCCUGGCUGCAUCUUUGGUACUGGUCAUUUUUUAUUCUCUUAAUUCCAUUAAUACGGUUCUGCAGUUGGUCCUAAAAUCUAAAUGAGAAGUUUUUGCCUUGGGACUUGACUUAAAUUUUCCCUUCCCACCCAUCCUCCUCACUGGGUUGACCUGCUGAAAAGCUGCUUUUGAGCAUAAAACGUGGAUGGAAAAACACCUUCUGUCUGCAGCGUAGUCACUCCCAAAAUGUUGAAGGAUGCAUGCUAGGACAUACAAAAAGAUUGUAUAAUAUGUGAAUAUUUUCAUUCCCAUAUCUGCAUCCAGAGGCUGCUCCCAUCACCCUUGGAGGGGACAGCACCUACAGAGUGGCCAAAUACCCCUCCUGAUCCCAGGUUUCUGGGGCUUCCUAGUUCAAGGUAACUCAUGCCGUGGGCAUUAGGAGAUGCCCUGCUGUCUUGCCCGAAAAGUUUGCUGCCAUGCUAAAACCAGCAACAUGAAUCGAUGUUUUAUUUUAUUUUAUUUUUAUGAAGUUGGCAAUUCCCUCUGAGCCAAAUUGUGUGCAAUUUCUGGUGUUCCCGAGAGGCAGCAUGAAGAUGAACCGCUGGAGGGAAAGCGUGGCCUGACUUCUUCCCCAAGUCCCACCUUUUCAGGGGAAGUUGUUGGGGGUAAUGGUUUUUUUUUUUAGUUUGUCUGUAAACUGAGGCUGCCUGUAACUAUAGCCAGUUUUACUCCAGAUAAUUCAGUUUCUUGCCUACUAGAUCAUCGUUUGGUCUGUGCAUGUCGGUGGAUAUCACUUUGUUCCCUUCCAGUCAAAUUAACCAUUCAAGGUACAUGUACAUGGGACUGAAAUGUAAUAGUAAUAAUAAUAUCUGAGGGGUGUGAAUGUCCUUCUGCUGCAUUAGCAUUGCUUCACCAGCUUUCUUGACACUCCUGGAGUUGUUUGGUGAAACUUAAGCGUGUGUUUUGAAAUGAAUUUGAAGCACUGAUUUAGAUUAUUUUUAAAAGUUGUGCUUGAAAUACUGUAUUGCAUCUUAUGAAGAAAAACCUUCCCAAUGCCUUUCCCCCUCUGGUCCAAAAACUGAGCACUACCUACAUAAAUAAUAUGGGAUUGAAUUUUUUUUUUUUUUAAAUAAGUACUUCCUCUUUAAGGAAAAUCAGGAUAUACUUGUUACAGCCUCUUAUUAUUCAUCUCUUAAACUAUGAAUGUACAUGUAAUGUGAAAUUUUGCUUUUAUUUAUAGUUUUGGGGUUUGUUUUCAGUUUAAUUUCUCAACUGUAAAAUAUUUUUGCUGAACCUGUUACAUAUGAAAGUUGUGGGAGAGUACUGUAUCUUGAACAUAAGUGGCUUUGGUACUGUGGUCUUAUUCUACUUAAUCAGUUUUUUCUUUUUUUUUUUUUUUUCUUUUUUUAUUAUUGCUGUGAUUGGAAAUAGCACUGAACAAAAUCUAGUAAAAUUAAGUUAUUUUUCUUUCUACUAAAAUUAAGUUAUUUUUUUCUCCUGAAGAUACUUGAUAUAGUAUUUAUUAGAUUUUUUUGUUUUGUUUUUGAAGUGGAAUUAUUACUGUUAAUCUAUUUCAAAACUAGUUAAUUUACACUUUAAAUUUUAUAACAAUGGGUUUUGCAUGUUGAGCAACAUGUAAAGAGUUUAAUGUAGAGUCAGCAUUACUGAAGCUGGUAAUCUUAAUUUUGCAUUCUUGUGACACUUUUGUUUGCAUUUCAGUCUUCAAUUACUGUUUGUUUUUAUUUUUUUUUAGAAAAUCAUAAAAUAGGAUGUGCCAUAAGAACAUCAUUAGCGUAUGGAGCAGGGAAAAGUUGAAACAAGUUUUUGUCUGAUCUUAGUAUAGAAAUAAUUCAUUAAACUGAUGCUAUGAGCAUGCUCUGUGCUGCAGUGAAUAUGGGGCAAAAGUUGUUUUUGUUUUGUUUUUUUUUUUUAAAUAAGAAAAAAAAAAAAGACUUUCUCAUCCUUGACUACAUCAUGAACACACUGUUCUCAUAGUCCGGUAUUUGUGUUCCCACUCCUCUUAGCUUGAAUUUCUAAAGUAAAGAAAUGUUUGCACUUAUUUUUGUUCUUAAGGUGACUUUUUUUGGCUGUUUCUCUGUGUGUCUCUUAUUUUAAGUUGGAAUAGCUCGGAGCAUGUUUUCAAAAUGGUUCAUGGCUCUAUGGAGAAGUACUAAAACAUGGCACACUUAACGCUUGUCUCUUCAUAAACUAUUUCUCUGUGGGGCAGUUGCUGUCUCCAUAGGGAACAGUCCUGCUCUGCAUUUUAAACACUGGAUUUGUCUUCGACUACAAACAAAUACUGUGAAGUUAAUGUAAAAAAAAAAAAAAUCAUUGAUAUUUUUAAUUGUUUUUAAUCUUGGUGCAGUUCAGAUUAAAUAUGUAUAUUUAAAGACACUAAUUUUUGUGGGAGAGUUUUAUAGUAUACAGUAUGUAGAAAAGCUAUUGGAAUGGAAUAUAUUUUAUAAAAAUGUUCUAUCACUGUUUUAUAGUGAACUAUUUUUCCUUCAGUGUUAGUGUAAUACUGUUAGUCUAGAUACGACAAUCGCAGGAAGAGUGAUUCAGGCUACUGUUAGCGCUUAGUUUUGCGUGGAGUUCUGUUUGCAACUGUAUUGGUAUGUGCUGUACAAUGUGACAAUCGUGACUAGGAUUGUUGUCUUUAUAAAUUUACAUGAAAUAAAACGUGCUAGAAUUGUAA